UUUAAGGAGAGGUCCGGGAGCUAACGUGCAAGACGCGAGUGGUUAUACUGCACUUCAUCAUGCGGCCCUCAAUGGUCACAGGGACGUGGUGAAACUGUUGCUUCAGCACGAGGCGUCGCCGAAUGUUGUCGAUUCGAAAGGCUCGUCGCCACUUCACUUGGCGGCAUGGGCAGGCGACGCUGAAAUCGUGAGACUAAUUCUGAGUCAGGGUCCUUCCAAUCCCAAAGUCAACCUUGCGACGAAGGACAAUGAGACAGCUCUGCAUUGCGCUGCACAGUAUGGCCACACGGAAGUGGUGUCACAGCUGUUGCAGUACGGAUGCGACCCCUGCAUCCGCAACAGCCGCGGAGAGUCCGCUCUCGAUCUCGCCGCACAAUAUGGAAGAUUAGAGACAGUUGAGUUGUUGGUACGAACGCAUCCGGAAUUAAUUUCUUCUCUGAGAUGCUCGUCUUCGUCAUUGAUAUUUCCUCAUACUCCACUGCACUUGGCCUCGCGAAAUGGUCACAGGGCCGUUGUUGAGGUGCUGCUUGCGGCGGGCGUCGAUGUCAAUACCAGAACUUCAGCAGGCACUGCGAUGCAUGAGGCGGCACUUUGUGGCAAGAUGGAAGUUGUGCGAACACUUUUGGACAGAGGUGUCGACCUUGGAAUUCGUGACUCACGACAAAAUACGGUGCUCGACCUUCUCGGUCAAUUUCCUCCACAUGUUACGCAGGAUAUCACUGCUGUGAUAAAAAGACACCGAUCUUCAUCGGGGGUGGAAAGUGAUGCCGACAGUGAGAACUUGCCGCCAAUUCCGGUGCAGUGUGGCGAUUCGUUGGGCAGCCCUUACGAGAACGUUAGACCGGGAGACGAUCUCUCCCCAGCGGAAGGGACAUCGCCCACUCAAUGGCAGUUUUAUCACAAGCCUCGAGACGAUGAUCGUCGAGUUUCCGGCACUUCCGCCGCCUCAUUGGGCUCCGACAGUGGUCUCUAUCAAACGCCACCCAUCCCACGUGGAAUGUUGGAGGGUAGCUUCGCGUCGGAGGAUUUGUCCUUGACAUUGCCACCAGGCUAUGGGGGUGGACGGGAGUCGGAUCAAUUGAGCGUCUCCUCAUCAUCAAGCGUCGGUGGACCGAGCCCGCGAGAUCGACGAUGUUUGCCCAACGAUUCCAAUGCUUCAGGGAUUUACUUGCCGAUGGCACCCCUGUCCAGUUCAUCGCACACUCCCGCCUCCAACAGUAAAGUCUCGCCAACGCCGCCGAAGAAGCCGCCGCGAAGAAAUCUGUCAGUGUCGCCAACUCAUCUACAAACGCAGAUGUCACUUUCGGCAGACUGCACCCUGGGACCAAGCAAUUAUGAGUACUUGUUUCUGGCCCGAAGCGGUGCCCGCAGUCACAUUGAUCUUGAACAAUUGCAAGCGCGCCGCGAACAAUUGCGACACGUGACGCGAAGUGUCGAUCAGUAUGUCGACAUGAAAGCACGUUACGAUCUUCAAAUACUUGAGUCUGGAAUUGAACCUGUUGCAAUAACAUCGAUUGUUGAGAAUCGACCAAUGAAAACGCAAAAUCCAAGACGAAAGCUACGUCGACAUUGCGAGCGUGCUUAUGAGAAUUAUGAUUUAGAUAGUAGUCCAACGAAUACGGAUAAAUCGCCGUGCAGUGAGAGUGGAACGCCACAGGAUCGAACCUUUGUCUCGAAUGCCUUCCUCACGCUCAAGUCUUCCCAGGAGAGUUUGCUUGACUAUAAGCGCGACGGAAACGAUGCACAGUCACUGGAUAAUCGUGAGGCAACUGAUAAGAGACUGAAACGCGUACAAAUGAUGUUACCGACCAGCCCGACUCACUACGUCCAACCGCCCACUCCCGAUCAUCCGCCACCGUCCGCUCUCCAAGCUGAAAAGUCCAUUCACGAGAGAAUUCGUCCUUUGAGUCAGGUUUAUAAGCGACGGUCGCGAGACAUGGAAACGGAAACGGACGAAGAUCUAUUACAAUUUCCGGCGGGUGUUUCACUGGACGCUUCAAGUGGUUCUCUAUCGAGUGUCUCCCUCUCGGACAAAAGUAUGUCAACUGACAAUGUCGAAGAAUUCUUUGGCGACGUACCAUUCGCAGUGUCGACUAAUCCAAUGACUAGACACGAUAAGCUUGCAAAAUUUACUAAGGACUUAAAAAGUGGAUUAUUGAAGGGCUCCGUGUCGGCGGAACGACCACGAACAUUGAGACGAUUGCGGAACGUCUAUGCGCCGUUGGCUUGCGGAAUGGGAACUGGUGCCGACAGUGGUAGCGAGCGCCUCGACGACGGCGAGAUCCCAUUCCGGUUGACUGAUCGCGAUCGUGAGAGAGACGAUAAGUCACUCAGUAUUAUGAGCCCUUUUGACGAGCAAGAAGAGUGGGCUAAAAUUUCCGAAAUUAUGGCUUCGUUCGGCACUGGCCUCGUUCGUGAAUCUGUAUUCGUUAGCGAACUGGAAAAGGAGUUUCAAACAAGAUUGGGCUUGACUUCCGAGAGCACUAAUAGUCCAGUUGUUUCGACUACCGUCGGUCAGUGGCUGUCCAAUUUGGGUCUUGCUGAUUAUGAAUCACUCUUUGUGAAUUACGGAUUCGAUGAUCUGGAAUUUAUUAAUGGAGUUUUGGACGAAUCCGAUUUACGUGACAUGGGAAUAACGAGUGAUCAGGAACGGGCAGCGAUAUUAAAUUCAGUGGGCCUGUUGCAGAAUCGCGUUGAGAAACGUGUUACGCUUUACGGUCAAUCGGUUGACGAUUGGCUGAAGGGUAUUCAUCUUGAGAGUUAUGCCGAUACAUUUAAGAAACAUCUCUAUACAGACAUGGAUCGUGUUCAACGGGUUUGGGAGGUGGAAUUAGCCGCGGUAUUAGAGAUACAAAAACCCGCACACAGGAAAAGGAUUCUCGCUUCGGUGAGCGGACCAAGUACAAGGAUGCAAAUGCGAAAUGGAAACGGUGCCAAUCUCGAGGACCUCAACAAGGAUCUAAAUACUUUGAAAACGAAUAUUCAGCAAUUGAAGGAGGAAAUUAGGGAAAAAUUACCGGAGACUCCGCAGAAUGAGGGAAAUGUGACUAUUAGUGGCGGAACGUCAACAACAACAGCAGCAACGGUGACGACGGGAACAGGAACAUUGAGGCAUAGGAAAAAUAGACCAGCACCUCAACCACCACAAAGGCCAAGUUCGCAUAACGGCGCUGUCUCAGCGCCCGAGCAACUUGAGAUUCGAGCGCCAUCUGAACUUUUAUUCGGCGUUCCGUCAACACUCAAAACACAAUGGAGGCAUCAUCCAAGGGAUUUAGUCACUGGCUGUGUUACAUACAUCGCCAACUAUUUGGGCUCGACUAUGGUUAAGGAAUUGAGGGGGACGGAAUCGACAAAGAAAUCGAUACAAAAAUUAAAAAAGACCUGUCGCGAUCCUCGUGUAACUCCGGACAUCACUUUGGCAAUUACAUAUCGUGGUGUUCGAUUUCUCAACACCUUAACGAAUGAACCAAUUUGUGAACACGAAAUUCGCAAUAUUCACUGCGCAUGCCAGGACGCGGAUGAUCUCACGCAUUUUGCAUACAUUACCAAAGACCACGCGAGCCGUACCCAUUUUUGUCACGUAUUCUGUGUGCCAACAAUGGAUCAAGCGACUGAAGUGAUUUUAACACUUGGCCAAGCAUUUGAAGUGGCCUAUCAAAUAGCCCUACGCGAAAAAUUGGGCAAUCAUGCACCCCGUUCACAAUCGGCCAAUCAACUAAUGAAUAUCACUAUCACCAAUAAUUCAACAAAUAAUACAACAAAUUUAUCAACUCAUAACGCGAUUAAUAAUGAGUUGGAGACAAAUUCAAAUCAUAACGUGAUUAAUUACAAUAAUUCGACAAAUAAUAGUAGUUCGACGAUUAAUAAUAGUCUUAAACCAAAGCCACGAUCAAAAUCGAUAACAAAUCCAAUUUUGGUCACAUCAUUAAUACCCGUAUCAUCGUCAAAUUUAAAUUCAACAACAACAACAACAACAGGAACAGCAAUAACAACAACAAUAAAUAGUAAUAAUCAUCGCGAGCGUAGUCCAAAUUCAAAUUCUACCUCGAGUACAACAUCGUCUUCAAAAACGAAUUCAAAUGCAACGAAACUUCUCGCGUCCCACGGUCGUUCGCAUUCAGUCAACGAUAUUAAAAUAAAUGGCAAUCAAUUGAAAUUAGCGCCAAUGCCUGUUGAUGAUAUUGGAAUUGGCGUUAAGGACAUGAAACCCGGCUCUAGAGCACCAAUUGCCCUGUCCGAGGAACUAUGACUUGCUUGUGAUUUUUAAAUAUUCAACAGUCGAUUAAGAAGCAAAUUUUAGGAAAAAAAACAGUUUUUCUUUCUAUUAAAAAUAUAAUUUAUAAUAGUAGAGAAAAUUUUUUUAAAAUUAUGUAACGGU